GUGCAGAGAGAGAGAGUGAGAGCAGAAGAAGAUGUGGUUCUUCAGAAGAAAAGGGCCAUCAGGGUUCUCAUCAUCUUCCACAGCAGAAGAAGUUACUGAAGGGAUUGAUGCCACUGGUCUCACCGCCAUUGUUACAGGAGCAUCCAGUGGUAUUGGCACCGAAACCGCACGCGUUCUUGCACUGCGUGGCGCCCAUGUGGUUAUGGCAGUGAGGAACAUGGCUGCCGGUAAAGAUGCAAGAGAACAAAUAGUGAAGGCAAUCCCCAGUGCCAAAGUUGAUGCCAUGGAAUUGGAUCUCAGUUCGUUAUCAUCCGUUAGGAAAUUCGCAUCGGAUUUCAAUUCCUCUGGUCUUCCUCUAACAUCUUAAUGUAAGAAAUGGGCAGAAAUGGCAUAAGAGAGAAGCAUGCAGUUAGAUUUCUUCAUUUCACUUGAGUGAUGAUGUACACUACAUACAUGAUGACGAUGAUACAACAAAAUAGGUUGUUCAAGACAGCAUUAUACAAUGUUACAUAUGAGCCCACAAAAAAUCAGUGCCGAAAACAGAACGUGUAGGCUUCAAAAAUCUCCCGACUGACUAUUUCGUUAACAAGUCCGGCCCCGGCAUAGUCUCCAUCUUCUGUACAGCAG